UGUAAGUUGGUGAAGUGUAUAAAGUGUGUGUCCGAUCCUAGUCGGAUGCGGACGUUCUGCUCACCAUGGUCAGGGAGAUGAACACAGUUGUGCAGCUGGAGCGUCUGGAUGAAGCCGCGGUUCGAUUCCUCUCCUACACUGCACACGGAGACCUGGCUCCUGUCAACGCUUUCAUCGGAGGGUUAGCUGCACAGGAAGUCAUCAAGGCGUGCAGCGGGAAGUUCACUCCUCUUCAGCAGUGGCUGUAUUACGACGCCCUGGAGUGCCUCACCGAAGAGGAGGCUCAGCUCCCAGAAUCCUCCUUUUCACCGAGAGGUUCCAGGUACGACGGCCAGGUGGCAGUGUUUGGCUCAGAAUUCCAGGAGAAGCUCCUGCAGCAGAACUAUUUCUUGGUGAGGCCCAGUAAAGAUGUGUCCAGCAGGGGGCACACUCUGCUCUCUCCUCCCCUGUGUGUCUCGCCCUUUGAUCCAGUCUGGUGUGAACGACGACACACGGAGGAAACGGCCGAGAUUCAGGCGGCAUUUCCGGCAGCGGUGUGGACUUCUGUCCCCGUUUCCUUUGACGCUGUUGUUUUUACAGUUGUUUGGAGCUCGUCCAUGUGUUUCACACUGAGAGUGAAAGGUUCACUGUGUGAAGUCAACAAUGUUGACACGGCCGUGAAAACAAAUAUUAUUGAAAUUUAG